UAAGUACCCACAACACAAGCCUUCUUGAGCUUACCGUGGGGCUAAGUCAAUCUGUGUAAAAAAAUGUCCUAUUAUUUAUGAUUAUUUAUUAAAUAAAUAUUUUUUCGAUUCCGCUCAAACUUGUAUAAUUUUAUAACGAUUUUGGAGUAACGUAGAGUAUUUAGAGAAAGUCUAUGCCCAGCAGGCAGCAUUUUCUAUUAGUUUUUAUUCUUAUGCAUAAUAUGAUAAAAGAUAUUCCGCAAAACCACCCAACUAUAGUCCAAUACUGCAACUAUGGUCCACAAGUUCAAAAGGAAAUUAAGUAUCUAUACCAAUGUUCCUUGUGGUUUACUCCUAGUUUUACCUUCCACUUAUAAACAUACUUUGCCUUAGAACUACAAAAAUAUAGUAAAAUACACACCUGAACGAGAAAAAUUGAGUUUAUUUGUGGACCAUAGUUGGGAGCUUUGGACUAUAGUUGGGUGGUUUUACGGUUUUCAAUUUGGUCAUUGAUAAAUUGAUUUAUUUAUUAUAUUAACUGCUAAAAUCGAAUUAACAGUUUAUAUUUAUUAUGUAUCGAUCUAAUAUAAUAAUGAACAAUAAAAAUAAACCGCUCACAUUCAAAUGUAUGUGUUAAGUUUCGUUUUUGCAAAUAAUUAUUAAAUUUUUGUACGCUCUAAAAAAUCCUCCUAUACCUCAUCCGCUCCCUCACAUUCACACUUGUAUAUUGCUGUCUCGCUCGCACUCGCGCUGCAACGCUGCGAGCGACACCUAUCGGACCCAUUUGGUCCAAUAGAAUAUGGCGACUUGAGUGGUACGGCGUCGGAUCCGCUCGUCAUCAAUCAAGAAAAAUCAGUUUAAUUCAUGUGAUAAUCGAACAAUCCGUAUAAAAAACGUGUGUGUUGAGUGUUUGUCGAGGACAGCAAGAAAAGUCCAAGGCCUUGGUGAAAAAGUCAGCGCUCCUGUGGAGAUCGCAGGAAAACACGUGCCAGCUAACCAAAAACUGACAUUUUUCUAGUAAGUGAGUGGGAAUUUCCCAUUUCCCCGCUAUUUUCCUUUCGCUAUUGUACAUCCGCAAACCAGUCAUACAGUCCACUACAUUCAAAACGCUCGUGACUGAAAAGCACAAAAAAGCGCGACGCAAAAAAUAAAAUUAACUUUAUGGGACAGGUAUUCAAAAAUUUAAAAUUUAAAUCAACCAGUAUGAAUAUGAGAAAGUUUUCGUGUUAAAUGUUUAAAAGUUUGUAAACACUGGCACACAAAAUCAAUCGUCUUCCUCGUUAAAUGCUUAUGAAUGUCGAUCAUAUGUUCGAGUGAAUACAUUAUUAAAAAUAUCGGUGAUAUUUUUAGAUUCCCCGAAUGAAGUGCUGACGGAAGAGGACCUGUUCAAUAUUUUGGGAGCUGAAGCUGAAGACGAGUUGUAUGAUUUGGGGACCUUAAAUUCGGGGUCCUCAGAUGAAGAUUACGUUACUUCAGACGAAGAAGAAGAUGAGCAGGAUGAACCCGCUGAAUGGUCUUAUCAGCAACAGCAGCACAGUGAAGUACCCGAUUUCUCUGGCCGGCUUGUUAAAAGAAACCCCGAGGACACCGAUCGAGUAUUUCGAUCUUUUAUUUCAAAGUACAUUUGUUAUACAACUAAUAAAUAACAUUAAUACAUAAGGUAAAUGCACCUAUCAUGGAAACGGACCCAUUAUGGACAGUUUUUAAAAUUACCACCAAAAUUAAGUAAACGUCGUGUUUUUUUUUUUCGAAUGAGUUGUCAUUGACUAAUCAGUAGUGUCAGUAUUCUAGUUGUCAACAAACUUUGUUUGACAGCUGACAGCCAUUUUGUUUUGGACCAUCACGAUUGUCAACUUACACGCGGUGGUAGUUGGUGUCGAAAAUCGUCAUUUAUUGUAAGAAUCGCCAUGCAAACAUGGCAACGAGAAAAAACUAUACAAAGGAACAAAUGGCUAAGGCUAUCGACGAAGUCAGACGGUGGGAAAAAUAUCUGUUGCUGCUACAAAAUAUGCUGUCCCAAGGCUUGCUUGGUGCUUUUCAUAAUAAAAUCACUGGAAAAAGUCCCAUUGAUUGUAAUCUAGGUCCAGCCACUGUACUCACAUAUGAGGAAGAAAGGUUACUUGUGAGAUGGAUGAGAUUUAUGGCUGACAAGCACUCCCCUAUCACCAAAGACCAAUUGCUUGAUAGUGUCCAAAAACUUAUAUUUGAGAAGGAUCUAGAAACCUGUCCGUUCACAAACAAACGCCCAGGGAAAAAAUGGUUCUCAGCCUUUAUGAAUAGACAUCCAGAUGUCUCAGAACGCACUGCACAAAAUUUAAGUAAAGCUAGAGGAGAAGUCACAGAAGAUGACAUACUCGGUUGGUUUGAAGUAAUUAAAGGUUACCUUGAAAAUAAAGGCUUGCUUGAAGCAAUAAAUGACCCCCAAAGGAUUUUUAAUGCCGAUGAGAGCGCAUUCUACCUACAGCCAAAAGUUGGACGAGUCAUAGUUAGCAAAGGUGAAAAAAAUGUCUAUACAGCAUCAGGAGAUGAGAAAGAAAAUUUGACUGUGUUGGUAAAUGCUAAUGCUGCUGGAAUUUUACCUCCACCAAUGAUAGUAUACGCUUAUGAGCGUUUACCUGCUAUAAUUUCACAAAGCGUACCAAAAGAUUGGGCCAUAGGCAGGUCGGAUUCAGGCUGGAUGUGUGCAACAACAUUCUAUGAAUACAUUACUAAUGUAUUUCAUCCAUGGAUAGAAAAAAAAAAUAUACCUAAACCUGUCAUAUUAUUCUUGGAUGGCCAUAGGUCACACAUGACCCUGCAUCUAUCAAAUUUUUGUAAAGAUAAUGGCAUUGAAGUGAUUUAAAAACUGGAAAACAGAAAAUCCAAAACAAGUCAUGUAGAGAGAGCACUUUGCUUCGAACUUUGAGGCAGCUUUGCGCAAUCUUGAGACAGAUACAAUAAAAAACGGAUUUCGUAAAAGUGGUCUUUUCCCCUUUGGUCCAGAAUACGUCGACAUGAAUAAAAUAAGUUCACACAACCGUGCCACUGUUUCCACAUCUGCAUUGGAAAAAAAGAUUGGUACGACAAAACA